UCUCAGCUGGCUGAGACACUCUGAAUAUCAGAGAAUCCAGGUGAUCCACUCUUGACAGCAUCACAAACUCUGAACGGCAUCAUGACAAUUCCUGGUACCCUCUUCCUCUUUGCAAUUUUAUUUGCCAUAGCUAGAACAGGGUUUCCUAUUAAGUGCGAGGUGUCUCAUAAAGGCACAAUACGUGGCAAACGGAGUACCUCUCUCGAGACCUGCGAUCCCGAGUUUGAUGCCUGUGAAUCGUUGGUGAUUGAAGCAUCACGGGCUGGAAGGUCAGUGACAACCGUUAAAAAGUCCUGCUCAAAGAGAGCGAGCUGUGUUCCUGGUCCAGUAUUUAUGCAUCUUAGCAAUGGACUGAAGGAGACUGGAAAUAAUCUCUGCUGUACUACCGAUGGUUGCAACUCUGUGGUUCCUCCAGUGCCAGUUUGGAAUGAAACCCCCAAUGGACUCUGGUGCCCUUCAUGCAGCGUUAACCAUCCCGACCCAUGCCAGAAAGAUAUCAUGCUUUGCAAAGGAUUGGAAAACAAGUGCUUUCUCAGAAUAACAGGUUGGAUCGUCCACAUGGGCUGCGCCACUGAAUCUUUCUGCGCUAACUCUGCUCAAACCAUGGUCACCAUUACGGAUGACCUACAUGCACUGUUGAGCAAUCAAGACAUAAGAUGUAUCAGCGCACCCAAAAUGUAACUUCGGGGUCCAAAGUGCCAU